AUGCUGGCAAGUUGUACCUCCCAAACAUCAGUCUGGACACAGUCUGAUAAUGGACGGCUCUCGCAAACACGCAUCAAUAUGGUACGCGGCACGACGCUUGCGCAAGGAUUAGCUGCAGUCCUUUUCCUCGCCUCUGCUUUGGCUAGGACCGUGGAUGAGGCAGAAUCCACACUCGCAGCCAAUAUCGCUGGUUCUCUCACUGUCUCCGUCUGUGAGGCGAGGACCAUCAACUACAUCACACAUGCGUUGCCCCAAUCCUGCCUCACAAGUUCGUGGAAAAGUCCAUCUCCUACAUCUACCACGCCAACUGUCUCAACUCAUCCCGAGGAUGGCGACACAGAACGUCAUGGUCAUGAAACCCUGGUACCGCCGACCCUGACAUCUGGCCAGCUACGCAACACUUCUGAAGUACAAGUUACAGAACCUGCAGCAACAACUUUCAUGUCCUUUGAGGAUUGGAAAGAAAUGAUGCUCCGACGCGCCGGGCAAGACCCGCAAGACCUACGGUCUCGAAAACCGAGUGAGCACGAUACAGGGGAUAGGUAUUCUCAAGAAUCAGGUUACGCCGGUCUUGGAGAAGAAGGCGAGAUAUCCCUCAAUUUUGAGCACUAUAGCGAUAAAGGCAAUCAAGGAGCGACGCCUCCUAGUUCAAUACAUGGUGAUGGCGUCGGUAAGAAGACUGUUGGUGACGCGCAGCUACAUGACGAGGGAAAGUCCGCCACGGUUCAUUUAAGCAAGGAUGCGGGUAAGACCUGCAAAGAGCGAUUCUCGUACUCAUCGUUUGACGCUGGUGCGACUAUCUUGAAAACAUCCCCGGGGGCUAAGAACGCCAGAGCAAUAUUGGUUGAGAACAAGGACACGUAUAUGCUCCUGGAAUGCGAUGCCUCGGCAAAAUACGUCAUUGUCGAACUCAGCGACGAUAUCUCGGUAGACACCGUUGUGCUGGCGAAUUUUGAGUUCUUUUCAAGUAUGGUCCGUCAUUUUCGCGUCAGCGUCAGCGACCGGUAUCCUGUGAAAAUGGACAAAUGGCGUGAGCUGGGCACGUUUGAAGCUCGCAACUCUCGCGAUAUCCAGCCCUUUUUAAUUGAAAACCCACAGAUUUGGGCAAAAUAUGUUAGGAUUGAAUUCUUGACUCAUUUUGGCAAUGAAUAUUACUGCCCCAUCUCCCUUCUACGAAUACACGGAUCUCGCAUGCUCGAUUCAUGGAAAGAUAGCGAAGGUGGGCGAGAAGAGGACACGUUGAUCGAAGGGUAUGAAACUGGUAGAACCGACUCUUCUGUGCAAGAUGAAUAUCAUUCCUUCAACGUAGUUGAUUCGAGAGCUAUCAAUGGGAACCUGACGCUAUUCAAUGACACAAGUCCUUGGAAUUGGCUCGUUGCCAUGGCAGCUUUCUCAAACCUCAACACCACCUGCCCCGCCUUGCCUCACGUACCAGAUAACACUUCCAAUUACGAGUCAACAAUGCUACCAAUCGGCCCUGGAGCUUCAAAAAUACAAGACACAACGUCCAGCGAAGUGGCACACGUACGGCCCGCCUCCCGAGAAAAAGGGGCGAAGUCACCUGGACAUGCAGAGCCAACCCAGGCUACAUCAACAGUAAACUAUCCAUCUCCCAUCAGCAUAUCUCAGGAUAACCCCCUCAAUACUAGUCAAGGUGCCUUGGAUAAGACCAUCUCAAAGGACAACUCAACUAUGGCCGAUCGGCAAAACAAUGCCACCACCGCCACCACCACCACAACUUACAAAAUACCCACGCCAAGUGGGCAAAAUGGCAAACCGCGAAGCAGCGGAACUUCUGGGGCCUCAGCAGCGUCUCCGACUAUGCAGGAGAGCUUUUUCAAUGCCAUCACGAAGCGGCUGCAUCACGUCGAAUCGAAUCUAACGCUUUCCAUGAAAUACGUUGAAGAUCAAUCUAAGCAUGUUCAGGAAGCAUUGCAAUCGAGGGAGCAGAAGCAGCAAGCAAAAAUAGCCGUCUUCCUAGAUGAGUUGAACAAGACAGUCUUAUCUGAGCUUCGCAACGUUCGCGAGCAGUAUGAUCAAAUAUGGCAAUCUACUGUUCUCGCCUUAGAGAGCCAGAAAGAUCGCUCAGAAAGGGACAUGAUGGCUCUUAGCUCAAGACUCAAUCUUCUGGCAGAUGAAGUCGUAUUCCAAAAACGAAUGGCUAUUGUUCAGGCCAUUAUCCUUUUGUCAUGUCUCUUCCUUAUUAUAUUCUCUCGGGGGGGUUCAUUGCCCUCUCUGGCACCAUUACUCGACCAACCCCCCGAUUCGGCCUGUGACACACCAGCUUCGCCAGCAACACCUCGGCAACAUUCUUACCAAUCAAAGAAGAAACAUCAUAAGGGAGAUGUGUCACUAUUCUCACCAUCCAAUGCUGUCGAUCAAGCGCAGCUCAUUCGCCCGGACGCGGUUCCUAAUGACAAGGCUGCCAUGCCUAGCUCAUUUGAGGCGAUACCAUUUCAUAGCCAAGGGGAGCCAAGCACUAGAAGUUAUACAUUCCAGCGUUUUUCACCACCGCCCACUCCAAACCCUCUAGAGGAAGCGUCGCUAUCAGAUGAUGCUAGUUCAUCUACAGGGGCGGAUCAUAUGCCUCCUCGCCGCGUAGGGGGAACAACACACAUCAAUCACCGAAAACCUUUACCCUCACUACCAGAGCACCCCCGCUCAGACGAUGGAUAA